ACGUGUAGAUCCGGAGCAGACCACGCUCGGUGCCGGGUGUGACAGGGUGUUCUCUUGCCAGCGCCGGGAUGGCGGUGUACCACGACGAGGUGGAGAUCGAGGACUUCGAGUACGACGAGGACACGGAAACGUAUUAUUACCCCUGUCCGUGUGGAGAUAGAUUCGCCGUCACCAAGGAAGACCUGGAAAAUGGAGAAGAAGUUGCGACUUGCCCGAGCUGUUCAUUACUUGUGAGAGUAAUCUAUGACAAGGAUGAGUUUAUGAAAGGAGAGGUAGUCCCUGAACCUGCGUCCCGCACAACCGAGCUCUUAAAGUGCUGACUCCUAUCCGUUUCUACCGGACGCCAGACCACCGCUUCAGAAGGGGUCCAGCUUUUAUUGAAGGCGUGGGUGCUUUUUUUUUUUUUUUUUUCUUUUUAACAAACCCUGAACUUUAAGUCGCUUACGUGCAUUGGACUUAUUGAAAUGCCCAGAGGCAUAAGACUUGUAUACCGGUGGGCCAAUGCCUGAAGACCGAUACACUGCAUGAGGACCUUAUCUGAGGUUUCAUCUGCUUGGUUUGGAUUUCCAUAUAUACUGAUAUUAAAUGCAACCUGUUUAUAUUUAUUUUAAUAAAAAUAUAUUUUUAUGGUA